CAGAAUCUAUUGAUCCAACAUCACAAGAAUCAAUGAUAUAUAAAUCUCAACAACGAACAAAUAUUAAUGAUCAUAAACAACAACGAUAUCAAACAAUAAAUACAGCAUCUCUAUAUCACUAUUAAUGAGUGUACGAACUGAUGUAAAUACAACUGCUAAUUAUACAAAUUCAUUAGAUUAUGAUGAUUCAAAUUUACAAAUCCAUCAACAACAAUAUACAACUUAUAAUACAAAUAAUACAUCUGGUAUAUCAUCAGCACCUACAACAAAUAAUGGAGCACGAUAG